AUGGGCACCCCAGCCUCUGUGGUGAGUGAGCCACCCCCCUGGCAGGCUCCAGCAGUGGCCCGGGGCCGCAAGCAGGCCUCAGCCAACAUCUUCCAGGACGCUGAGCUGCUGCAGAUCCAGGGUCUGUUUCAGCAUGGUGGGGACCAGCUGGCUGAGGAACGGGCACAGAUCAUCUGGGAGUGUGCAGGGGACCACCGUGUGGCGGAGGCCUUGAGGCGGCUGCGCAGGAAGAAGCCCCCGCGGCAGAAGCACGUUGGCCACUCGCUCCACCACUGCAGACAGCUCAGAGUCCCAGAGCCCUCCUCUCCACUGGCGGACCCACAGAGUAGUGCUGCAGAGACAGCCGCCAGUGAGCAGUGUCAGACCUCUAGGAGGACAAGUGCCAGGAUCCGCCAGAACUGGAGGAAGCCAGGCCCCCCAAGCUACCUCCACCAGAUCCGACACUGA